CUUGGCACAAGUGCAUGCUCAACAAAUGUUAGCUGUCAUUGUUUCUAUGACUAUUGUGUAGGGUCAGGAUGCCCAGACUUUCAAAGACCAGGAAGCAGCUUGACUUAUCAAUGAUAAACUUUUCAUUUUGUUCUUUGUGCCUUUCUUUUUAUAACUGCUCAUCUGCUCUGUAUUAUUUCCUUUAUGGUGUUGCUCCUUCUUCCCCAUAUGUCCUUCCUUUGACCUCUUAACUGCUUCCUUUUAUAUUCAUAAAUCUUUAUUCCUUCUCUAGCUUUCACCACUUGCUUAUUCAUACUGAUAUUUUUUCAUGUUUUCUCCACUUUCUUUAUGCAGCGGACCAUGUGUCAAUUUAUGUCACAUUUGUACAGACGCAGAGACCAACAGGGGAGUAUAUGUUUGAGUUUGAUGAGGAUGAGCAGUUCUAUGUGGAUCUGGACAAGAAGGAGACUGUCUGGCAUCUGGAGGAGUUUGGCCGAGCCUUUUCCUUUGAUGCUCAGGGCGCACUGGCUGACAUUGGUAUAGUGAAAAGCAACUUGAAUAUCAUGAUCCAGCGUUCCAACCACACUCAGGCCACCAAUGAUCCCCCUGAGGUGACCGUGUUUCCCAAGGAGCCUGUGGAGCUGGGCCAGCCCAAUACCCUCAUCUGCCACAUUGACAAGUUCUUCCCACCAGUGCUCAACGUCACAUGGCUGUGCAAUGGGCAGCCGGUCACUGAGGGUGUUGCCGAGAGUCUCUUCCUGCCCGGAACAGAUUACAGCUUCCACAAGUUCCAUUACCUGACCUUUGUGCCCUCAGCUGAGGAUGUCUAUGACUGCAGGGUAGAACACUGGGGCUUGGACCAGCCACUCCUCAAGCACUGGGAGGCCCAAGAGCCAAUCCAGAUGCCUGAGACGAAGGAGACUGUGCUCUGUGCCCUGGGCCUGGUGCUGGGCCUAGUGGGCAUCAUCGUGGGCACUAUCCUCAUCAUAAAAUCUCUGCAUUCUGGCCGUGACCCCCGGGCCCAGGGGCCCCUGUGAAAUACUGUAAAGGUGACAAAAUAUCUGAACAGAAGAGGACUUAGGAGAGAUCUGAACUUCAGCUGCCCUACAAACUCCAUCCCAGCCUUUCUUCUUACUUCACGUGUUCCCUAACCCAGUGGCUGACUGAAUUGCUGACCCUUCAAGCUCUGUCCUUAUCUGUUACCUUAAAGCAGUGAUGCCUUAGUAAAGUUCCCAACAAAGAGAAGGCAAUGAAUGAAUGUUAACACUUCUGUAGCACUGAUAUGGAGAUUAUCCCUUCAUUGAGUCUUCUAUCCUCUGGCCUCCUUUGAAGAACCCUUCACUGUCACCUUCCUGAAAAUACCCUAAGACCAAAAAUACUAUAGUAUUUCAGA